UUCACGUGUGUAGUUACCUUCAGAAAAGUUCAGGAGCUGCGGACGAAAAAAAAUAUUACAAUUGAGCUUUUCUCUGAUCGACACUUGACAACCUUCGAAUUCUUUGAAAAUCAGGGAUACUGAGAUUUAGUCUCCAGUUCAACAUGGCUGCUUCUCAACCUCAAAAUAGUCUAGAAGAGACAAUUGGAGCAAUACCAACCUCUGAGCUUCUAUCUGAUUCCAGAGACAGGUCUGCUCCAAGUCUCUCAAAGGACUUAAAGUCACACACCUAUCCAGGAGAUGAUGAAGAGUGUGCCAUCAGUCCGCCCUCUCUGAGUUACCUGUCAUCGCUGGCUUGUCCAGGAUCAAGACCAGAUGUGUCCAAGAGUGAGAACUCUGUUGAAGAAGCCAGCUGGGCUAUGGGAGCAUCGAGGCACUACUCCAGCUCUGAAUCCUCAGAUGCUGCCUGUAGACCCAAGAAAGAUGGCGGGCUGUCAAGCCCAUGUCAUUCCGGUAGCGAUGGUGGGAAGGGAUGUGAGAAGAAAGUGUCUUCAGUUGUCAAAGGAGUCCAUGCCAAGCUGAGAAGGAAACUAAAGGAAGGUAGGUAAUAUUUCCCAGAAGAGUGUAACCUGUAUAUAAAGACCACCCAAGGGCUCCAUAAACAAGUGGUUUUUACAUAUGUAGAUUCUUUUGACACAGGUUUCUAUAAAUACAUGUACAUGUAUGUCUUUAAUAGACAGUUUGUUCAUUCUGCACAGAUGAUUCUAAAGCAGGUUUGACCGUCACCUUAUUCUGCCAUGUAUCAUCUUCCCGUUCUGUCUGACUUUAGCAUCGAGCUAGUACUGGUGUGUGCGAUAAGAGGUCCAGGAUUCAAAACUCUAUCAAUCAGCUUUUGUGGUUAACUUGAUAGCUUUGUUCCCAUUUUUUUGUGAUCACAUUCAUUACCAUUGAAAGUUGGUAACCUACAGUGAAGGUACAUGUACUCAGGUAUAUCUUUCUUAUAAAACAAGGCAAUGUUACAGAAUAGAAGAUGCUUUUGAAUAUGAUGUUCCAGGAUCGAUCAUUGUUCAUUUUAUGUACCAAUAAACAAUGACUGCAACUGAGGCAACUGUGGAAUAUCUUCAUUCUUUAACAGCCCCCUCUUUUGUUGAGAUUGUUUCUAUACAACGGCAUAAUGUAUUUUUAACUCGUCUCUCGGCUUUCGCAAUGCAUUCUCAUAUUCGAGAACAUUCUAUAACAAAUGAAUGAUUCUUAGUGGGCAAUGAGUUGGAUGUUAAAUACUGCCAUCUAUAGUCAAAUCAGGGCCAUUUUGUAAGGAACAUUUUGUAGAAGGAAACAAAUGGUUGCAAGUUUGCAAUCACCAAUUUUAUUUAAUACUUGCUUGUUAAUUAUAAUGUACCGGUAUAUCUAUCAGAGAAAAAGACCUUUAAUUUAUGUUGUUUUUGUUAUUGAUUUUUUGUAGAAAAUGUUUGUGUCUUUCAAUUAUGAGUAGGUUCAGCUGCGUGUACAUGCAGGGGCAUUGCUAGAACAUCAUUGUUGAUGGUUGAUAGGAUGGGGUAUUUCAAUUUCAAUUUAUUUAACCAAAUUUUCCAACAUACUAGCCACAUUUUGCCCAAUAAUCACAGAAAACACUUCAUCUGAUUAUUUAAUCUGCCGUGCCAAUGGGCGUAAAAAUCAUUGACUAACAGCACGCCAAAUAUUUCAUUUCUCUAUGUCAUGCAUGUAAUGAUGGAGUAAGGAUUAUUGAAGGGGAUAUCCACUAGUUCUCCUAACCCAUCUCAAAAUUACAAAUCACUUUCACUUUCCCAGAAGUCAUAAAGCGAAUGGGGUAAACCCUAUUGUAUGCAAAAAAUUACAUUCCAUUCGGGGAUUCCUUUUGCAGUAUGCACUGAGUAAUAGAUGGUGAAAUGAUACAAUUUGUUAUCUUUUCUAGCACUAUUAAUGUGCUAAAUGCAGCAUGGCAGACGUAUUUUGUCGUUAAUUGUGCAAACAGGAUGUGCUAGAGGACAGAAGUUUCUCUUUAUCACUCCAUACACAUCCCAGUGUCAUCCUUAAUGGCUUUGUUUUUUUCAUUGUUUCCGAAAAUACUGAUCAUGAUGGCAUUCUAUCUCAUAGCCCUCUAGAAUUGAUAAAUUGAUGAAAUCUGCAGAUUACAGAUUUUUAGAAGCUCAUUUGAAGGAUGAUUGUGGAUAAAUUGAAAUCAGGUAUUCCCACAGUUUGAUCAUUCAGGGAUACUUUUGUGUUUGGAGGACAAUAGUUGGCCUCCAUUAACUUUGAAAGUUCGUCAUCACCAAACUACAAUAACCUUUGAGCCAAGCUGCUUGCUACAUAUAUGGAGCUGCAUAGCAUCUCUGUCGAAGUAAUUUCAUUUGAUUUGUUCUAUAUUUCUUUUUAAAAACACACAUACAAAUUCAAAGGCCUUUAAUUCAAGUAUUUCACUACAUUAAUCACAUACUUUAUGAUAACAAAUUCUUGGAGUUUACAUACCACUGGUUGCUUGAUAUACAAUUUUUGUAUACAGUGACUUGUCUGAUUUGACUUCAUUUCCUCACCAGAAUCAUAUGAAAAUAGUAAAAUACCUGUAAACUCUAAGUUUUCAUGUAUGAAGAGUACAGAUAUAGCAGAUUUGUCAGUUCUUUGUAUGAACCUUCAAUGUUAUAGGGAACCGGGCCAGUUAGGCAUAGAGUUAUGUUCAUUGAUGGGGCAAGAAUACAGAUUACGAAGGACAUUCAGUAUCCUACAAAACUGUUCAUAACUGUUUCCAUGACUGUUGAAAUCGCACUGUAAGUGACUGUACAUGUAUGUGUAAUACUCAGGCCUGAUAAUUACCCAAUUUAAAUCGGUUUCCCAAUUAU